CGACACUUCGGACUCUCCUCUCUCUCUCUCUCUCUCUCUCUCUCUCUCUCCGAAUGGCUGCUACGACCAACUCGGGCCUCUUUCUGGGUACUGACUCACUGAGUCAUCAUCGGCUCACAACACUUCCUACGGUUCCCUCCUGUAGACCUCACUCCGUUGAUCUCAAUCCCCACCGUCGAUCUAAAUCGCUCACGCUGUGUUGUUCUGCAAAUGCCGACAGCUCCUCAAUCGACAAAGACACCCCCAUCGAACUCAAAUUCCCGGCGUUUCCGACGGUGAUGGACAUAAACCAGAUCAGGGAGAUAUUGCCUCACAGGUUUCCGUUUCUGUUAGUGGAUAGAGUAAUCGAGUAUACGCCCGGUGUUUCUGCUGUAGCGAUUAAGAACGUGACGAUAAACGACAAUUUCUUCCCGGGACAUUUUCCGGAUAGACCCAUCAUGCCUGGUGUCCUUAUGGUCGAGGCAAUGGCACAAGUGGGAGGACUGGUGAUGUUGCAGCCAGAAGUAGGCGGCUCCCGGGAAAAUUUCUUCUUUGCAGGAAUCGACAAAGUUAGAUUCCGUAAACCGGUGGUUGCAGGAGACACUCUGGUUAUGAGGAUGACCCUCUUGAAGUUCCAAAAGGGUUUCGGUAUUGCAAAGAUGGAAGGGAAAGCAUACGUCGGAGGUGCUUUGGUAUGCGAGGGCGAAUUCUUGAUGGUCUCGGGAACUAAUUGAAUGUUACCAUCGGUCACAUUUCUCGCCUUUCUUUCAUAAACAUGAGCUUGAGGAUAUAUUGUCUGAACGUUUUCAUCUUCCCCGUAGAGAAUAUGAACUGAAACAUCCAACUGAAUGGUUUUGUCUCUUUGCCAGUGCCUUUGGCUGAUGUCUGAUAAUCUGCGUGUGUUCGUUAAGCUCCGAGUUUUAAGCUCUAAUUAUGAUUUGGAGAUGAGUUUUAUGGUACAAGACAAUGUUGUAAUAAUUGGUGGAGUGUAUCGUCGCCAUUAUGCUU